AUGUUCACGGCUCAGAAGCCACAAAGCUUAGAUAUGACCUCGAAUACCAAUAAUAAUACCAAUACCAAUACCCAAACUGAAGAAAAAGGUCUUGGAUCUUCUGCAUUCUUACCGACACAGGAACCCUUUUUCCUAACGGCCAAAUUCUGGAAACGCUUCUCUGUCUACAUAUCCGUCACACUCUCUAUCGUCUCGCUUAUCAUAUCCUCGAUUGCUUCUUUGAAACCCGGAAAUGCUGAUGAUAUGAAAGCACUCACAUCACUCGAUUGGCAAAGUCAGGCUACGGCGGAUAGGAGGUUUGCGCAGAUGUUGGGGCAGAUGGGGAGGGGGAGGGAAGGAGAGAUGGAGAGGGAGAGGGAGAGGGAGAGGGAGAGGAUGGGGGGUGGGAAGGGUGAUGGGAUGGCGAAGGGAGGAGGGAUGAAGGGUGAUGGGAGGGUGGAGGGGAGUGGGAAAUGA